CUGCGACAGAACUGGUGUCCCAGAAGAAAGAACGACCCUGAGAGCUGGAUUGUGGUCCUUCGACACGAUCCCUCAGGCAAACCAACGAAGCCGCGGUGGAUGUGAGCCUUGGUUGUUGACCAGGGAGCACAUUCGGUGACUAGAGGCCUCUCGUGAGAGCACCCUCAUCUGUCCGGUCGCUGAGGCGAGAUGGCCCUUCGGUCGCGACGUGUCGGCGUUGCCAGUACUGACUGCGCGAGGUGUCCUGUGUCGAGUGUACAGUCGAAGACAGAACGAGUCGCUGUUGCUGUUGCUACCGGUGCUGGUGCGAAUCUUCCCCUCCCUCCCUCUUGCCGCUCCUGGCUUCCCCACAACCACGGCGAUAUCAGCAUGACGUUCUACCUCGCGGCUGACGCCCACUACGACGCCAUCUGAACAAACCGACGGAACAGACGGCCUGUCGUGUGUUCGUUCGUGUCGUGUCGUGUUCGGAUCCUUAUUGCCCCUUCCCCUUCCCCCACCUCCCCCUUCUACAACAGCAACAACAACCAGACCCAUCAUCCUUACCCCCGCUUGUGUACAGCUACAGCAGUAUCUUACCUUGUCUGAUCUACCUCUACCUCUACCUCUUCCUCUACCUUGUUCUUUAUCGGCAUAGCCACAUUAGCAUGCAGCGUGCAGCUCAGGACGCAUCGGCCUCCUUCGAGCGCGUGCUGAACCGGCUGGACGUGACGACCACUGGGUUGGGCGCCGGUGGUCCUGGUGGUGAGAGUGACGACCGUGCCGCUGCCGGGCGAUAUGGGUACGCGCCGCGCCGAAUGGACACACACACACACACGGUGACACACGGUCACCGAUACUCAUCUCUCCUCUCCCUCUGUGUGCUGUGCUGUGUCGGUUGCUGCUCGUCAUCAGGCCUUCACCUCCUGGCGGCUUCGCGGACAAGUUCGCAGACAAGGACGGCUUCGAGUGUCCCCUGGGCAUCGGCGGUGGCGUCGGCGGCGUGAUGCACCCCGCCAUGCAGCAGAUGGCCGGGGGCAGUGGUGCUCACGGCGUCAUGCUCAUGGGCGACCCUUAUGCCGGCAGAAAAGACAUAACCAGGUGUGUGUUAGUGAGGGCUGGGGGCUUGGGUGGGGGGAUGGGGAUAACGCACACACGAGUAUUCGGUGACUGACCGUGGCUUGGCUGUCUUUGGCUGUGUGUGUGUAUGUGCGCCUGGCUGUGCCUUCCUGUGUCUGGCUGUGUGUAUGUCGUGGAUGAAGGGGUGUGGCUGCGACUGCUGCGCCCACCAAUCUGCUGGCCUUUGCUGCCGACCACCCUCAUGCUCAUGGUGCGUGUCCGUGUCUAGACCCCUCCCUCUCCCUCUCAGCGUGUUGGCACAUCCUGCAUCUGUGUGUGUCUGUCUCAUCACGUCUGUUGGCCUACAGGGAAGCUCCGUCGUCCGUCUGGCGAGUGUGUGUGCGGCCCGUCGUUGGCGAGCGAGGGCUACGGGUACGAGUAUCUCAGCGACGUCCCGCACAUGAGACACAGGUACAGUGUGUGUGCCUCCCUCUCUCUGGUGGCCUGUGCUCUCCCUCAGUCACGUGUGAUGCACUGUGGUGUGCUGUGUGUGAAUGUGUUGUGCAGCACUGAUCCCCUGUCCUUGGCGAGCAAGGCUAAGCGUGACAUUGUGCAGCGGGGAGUCAGUGAAGGGCAGACUGGUGCGUCAGUCAUGUCGCACACACAGAUACAUACCCACACACACAGACGGACAUCUGUCUGCCCAUUUAUGCGUCAGGUACAGGCUACUCGUUCUGGCAGGGCAAAGACGACCCGGCAGGCGCCCCCUCUGCUGCAGCAGGGAGCGGCGUGACACAACGAUUCAAGAAAGACACCCGUACGCACACACAACCACACCCACACCCACACACGAGCCACACCAGCAAACACGCGACCCCCACACCCACCUCCCUCUGUCUGUGUCUGUGCGUCCAUCCAUCUAUCGAUCCAUCCAUCCAUCCAUCAGACACUCUGUGUGCGUUGCCAUCGUCGCGUGUGGGUGGUGCUGGGUUCCCGCUGCUCCCUGGCCACACCGUCAAGUGCCGACUGGCCCGGGAGAGCGGCGUCGACGAAUACCUGCUGGCGAAUAAGGUGAGUCAGUGAGUGGGUUGCUGGUGUGGGUGUGUGUUGUGAUGUGUUGUGAUGUGUUGUGAUGUGUUGUGAUGUGUUGUGUGGCUGCAGGUAGCUGAUCACUUGUACCGUAGCCACGACCAGGGUGCGGGCGACUACUGCGCCAUGAUCAAAUGCCACGCCAAACACUUGCAGGUGCGUACCCCUGACACACACACACACACACACACAGGGCCCCCUAUGGAUGCAUCUGUCUCUCCGUGUGUGUCUCUCUCUCUCUCUGUCAGCUGACGUCUCUAGUGUUUGUUGACUUCCUGCCCCUUGUGCUGUGUCUGGCCUUCUACCCAUCGACCUGCCAGACCAGCGGCCAUGAUGGCCAUGAAGACUCACACACUGACUUAGACAAAUCAGAUAUGAGCAAAACCGACACCAAAGACUCAGACGUGGUCGUCGCCGAGAUACAGAGAAUCUCAGGUACGUUUGCCGCGCCCGCACACCCAGCACACACACGUUGCCUCCAUCUAUCUCUCUCUCUCUCUCUCUCUGUGUGUGUGUGUGUCAGGUGACCCUGUGCUCUUCCUCCGUGUGUGGCGGGAGAUUGCGGGCCUCCUGCAGGCCACUGCACCGCUCGACGCCCCAUCGGCCGUGCAGCUGCAGCACGAGGAGGCGCAGGGCACACAGACCACCCAGGCGACAUCAGAGAUGGACGUGUGUGUCGGCAUGGGCAUGGGCAUGGCCAUCGAGGGCGGGUUCGGCGGCAUCGAGGGCGGGGACUUCUGGGGCAAGGUCGACAUCGAGGAGGUCGAACGUAAGCCCGUCAAGUGAAGUCAAGUGAAGUGGCUCUCGAGCACCUUCACACGUGCGGAUGUCUCUCUGUCUGUUUGUCUGUUUUUCUCCCGUGUGUGUGUCUUGUUCUUGUGUGUGCAGGUGCCAUGUACGAGGAGCUGGAGCAGUCGACGGCCGUGCCGUCCGACCUGUCCUCAACCUCCACACCCACCAGCAGCCCUUCGUACGCACCCACACCAACCACACCAACCACAACACACCACACCACACAGCACACACGCAUCCCUUUGUGUCUUGGUUCCUUCCUCUCUCCUUAUGUCAGAGUCGCUUCCAUGAAUUUGCUUAAAGAGGGUUUGAAGGAACCUGAGUCACACCCGGGGGUAGGCACGAGACAAGCAGGCCAAGAAGCGAAAGACAUGGCUCUCUGUCAUGUCAUGUGUGUCAGCUUGAGAAGCUGUGUUCGGGUAGCCCUAGCGACAUGGAGGAGGGCGCGGCGCUCAUCGCCCAGUCGUCUGCGCACUGUACGCCCUCCCCUCCACCCCACCACCAGACACACACACACAGACACACACAUGCCUGUGUCUGUCGGGUGUCUGCUGUUUGUUCACUUGCAGGGUUGAGUAAGUCCCUGCUCGCGUCGCCUGAUGCCCUGUCUAAGCUCAAGAGAGCGCUCGACUCAUACCACGACACACACGUAACGACCUGCACACACACACACACACACACACUACAGCCGUCCUCGCAAUGCAUUGCAUUCUUCCCUCCCUCCCUCCCUCCCUCCCUCAUGUGUGUGGGUGUCUGCAAUGCUGCAGGUGGGUGCGAUGCCGCUGACGGUCGUCUACCCACUGGUCGCCGCCGUCAAUAACCUGGCGACAGGUACGUACGCAGCGGUCGAUGCCUUACCACACACAAACAAAGAUGCAUCUGGGUGUGUGUGUGUGUGUGUCAAUGUGUUAUGACAGAGUACUCGCAAGAGCUGCUGUCCUGCGGUUUGGCGGACACCCUCGUGUCGCUGCUCAAGAAGAGCACUCACACCGUCCAGUCGGCGCCCGCACUCUACACCGCCGCGGCGCAGUCCACCCACCACACCCACACCACCACCACCACUGUCACGCGGACCUCGUUCACACAGGAGACCAUUACCAGCACAAUGAUGGUCAGACAGAGAGAGACAGAGAGAGAAGGGCAAACAAACGGGCACACCACUUUCUCCUCUCUCUGUGUGUGUGUGUAUGUGCAGGCGGCGUCCUUUCACACGAGCAGCAGCAGCAUGUACACGGACGUCUGUGUGGGGGGUGUGGGCGGGGUGGCCGAGCUGGAGCCGCCGGUGGUCGUGCGGGAGAUGGCCAAGGCCAUCAGGGACCUCUGCAAAGCCCCUUAUGUGGAGUCCAACCUCCUGGAAUCACUCCACACAAGCAUCCGGUAACACACACACACACACUCAGACAUUGAGCCACCCAUCCCAUCCCAUCCGCGUGUGCGUCUGGUGUGUGUGUGUCUGCCCACCAUUCCUUCAGUGAUCUCGAGUCGACGGUGUCAUACGGGCGAUCUUUCGACCACGUAGCUCUGCAGCACGUCAGGGCCGCCAUGCACGCACUCAGAGGACACCUGGCCUGACGUGCCGUGCGUGCAUGGUGGACGGGCGGAUGGCUUUGUUUGUGUGUGCGCGUACGUGACGAGUGUGUGAUUGUGUGUAUGUUUGUUGAUCGAUUCGAUGUGUGUGUGUGUGUGUGUGUCUGUGUGUGUGUGUUUAUUUGUCACCCAACACCCUGCGCCUGACUUGAGUGCC